AUGGCUUCUUCCGACACUCCAGCUCUCAAGAACAACCCCAAGUUCAUCUUCUUUACCGACUUUGACGGCACCGUCACCACCGCCGAUUCUAAUGACUACAUGACCGACAACCUUGGCUUCGGUGUUGAGCGCCGUCGUCAGCUUAACAAGGAUGUUCUCUUUGGAAAGAUGCACUUCCGCGAUAGCUUUGUUGAGAUGCUUGACAGCAUCAAGACUCCCUUCGACGAGUGUGUCGACAUCCUCCUCAAGAACAUUAAGCUCGACCCCGGCUUCAAGGAGUUCUACGAUUGGGCGCAACAGAACAACGUUCCUAUUGUCAUUCUCAGUGGUGGUAUGGAGCCUGUCAUUCGAGCUCUCCUGGAUACCCUUCUCGGCCCUGGCUGGGACAUUCAGAUCGUGAGCAACUAUGUCACAGCACGCGAGGGCAAGACUCUGAAGGACGAGGGUGGUUGGAGAAUUGAGUUUCAUGACGACAGUAUCCAUGGUCAUGACAAGUCCAUCGAGAUCCGCAAGUACUCUUCGCUACCUGACCGACCUACCAUGUUCUACGCUGGCGAUGGUGUUUCCGAUCUUUCUGCCGCCAAGGAAACUGAUUUGUUGUUUGCCAAGGCUGAUAAGGAUCUCGUCACCUGGUGUGAGAACGAGAACGUUCCCUUUGUCACAUUCCGUGAUUGGUCCAGCAUCACUCAAACCGUCAAAGACAUUGCGGCUGGUACCGUUUCUGUCAAGGAUGCUGCCCGCGGUCGCAUUUAA